UUCAAUUUUUUUCUAAAAUUUAAAUAAAAUUCAAUAAUUAAAUGUUCAAAUUCAAUUGUAUUUCACUGUCUCGUCCUUCUAGAUCAUAUAUACGUAGUACCGGAGUACUGCUUGUUCUGCCACAUCAAUUUUAAAAAACAAAAGUUUUUCCCGCUACCAAUAGGUGUCUACCGUUCCACUUCCGGUUUCUCCCUCGUUUCGUCAUUACGUUGUAUUGUGCGUUCUGUUACACAUCGAACAUAGUGAUAUCAUUUUAUUUAAUAGUGGAAAGUAAAAAUGAGUUCAUCGUCUGGAUCCGAGUCGGGGAGAUACAAGAAAAGUCGCUCCAGGAAGAAGAAGGCGUCGAAAAGAAAGGUUGAAAAACUAAGAAAAGAUAAGAAAAGAAGGAAGCGUGAACUGACGCGUAAGAGAAGCUCGACGCCAUCUUCCACAACCUCAGAAAGUUCUUCACGAAGUCACAAGUAUUCAAGGAAUAAAUACUCGUCACACCUUCAGGAGAGGAAGCGUGAUCGUGAUCAAAGGAAAUUGCAUCGUGAAUACAAAUCUCGUGGAGAUUCAGGUACUGAGCGUUCUCUGCGAGAGGCGUCUUGCCUGAAUCCAAUCGAAAAGGGUAACGAAGAACGGCGCCCGAGAGGCCCGCCACGUUUAUCCAGAAGACGCUCACAAUCAAGAAGCCGCUCUCGAUCAAGAAGUCGCUCUCGAUCAAAAAGCCGCUCUAGAUCAAAAAGCCGCUCUCGAUCAAGAAGCCGUUCCAAAGUUGGAAGUCCAGAUCGUUCAUCCCGAGAGUCACAUUCAAGGCGUGACGAGUCUCAACAAAAGUCGGUAAGGAAGGAAACCGACCUCUUAAAACUUCUUGAAGAGGGCGCUAUUGAGGAAAAUACCGUCAGUGCUGCCAUCCAUGUCUCGAUUGCCCAAUUAUGGAGCAAUUUUUUGGCAACAGGUCUGUCAAAAGAAGCAAAACAAACAUUGGUAAAAAAAUUCCCACCAGCUGAGAAUUGCCAAGCAAUGGGUGCUCCGCGUCUUAACCCCGAAAUAAAAAUGAACAUGACCUCAACAGCGGUGAGGAAAGACCAAUAUCAGGUCGCAUCUCAAACACAGUUAUGUGCCGCUAUUAGUGCAAUCGGCAAAGUGCUCUCAGUGAUUUUAGAUGCAAAUAUAAAUGCCAAAGAACUAAACUCCAAUGACAUCUCUGGCAUUUUCGAAGAUAUUUGUGACGUGGGUAGGCUUUUAACAGACCUUCAACAUGAAAUGUCAAUGACUCGCAGAUCGUUUAUAACACCAUCGUUUAGUUUUCGAUUAAAAUCAAUAGCGGAUGAGACGAGAGUUGACACUUGGCUUUUUGGUGAAGGGCUAGCUGAAAAGCUCAAAGCGGCAAAGGAACUGGAAAAAUCAGGGAAGGAAAUUUCCAAAACACCUCUACACCAAUCCAACACCAGCCAAAAUAUCAAGGGUAAAUCGUCAGCACCGAAGGCUCCUUUAAACUGGAGAGCCCCCCCCAAGAAGAACUACUCGAACAACAACAAGAGUUGGAGGAGGGGGGGCUAUCAGGGCAACAGGAACGUUCGGAACCAGGCACCGUUUCAACAGAAGAGAUAAGGGGAGACGCAUCCUCUACACCACACACUUUCCCUGGUAGCAGCGAGAUUAUCAGGGAAGCGUUCAAGGCGAGAGGAGCUACGGAGGAGGCAGCGGAAAUAAUGCUUCAUUCAAUAUCCGAAGGAACAUUGAGACAGUAU